GCCCCAAAUGAAUUCAUGCUUGGCCAAACCAUGUCCUCUGGGUUUUGCUUUUCAUUCCAAGGUGGUUAAUUUUAAAUUGCAACUUGAUAAUAAUGGAGCUUUUAGGUUUUGAGAACUUUUAUUUUUCUUGCCCGCAUGCAAGAAGCUAAACUACUGAAAUUACUGCAUGAAAACAUACCCUGUGAGGAAAAGGUUGAAAAAUACUCUAUUAUGUUUUUAACAGUUACAGUACAACAAGAAGUAUAUCGGGCAUGGAAAACAAAGCGAUUGCAUUCGUGGGAUGCGAUAAUGAUCACGUAAGAAUUUUUGUGGAAUAUUAUAACAUCCACUUUAGUUGGCAGGCAGCAGACCCCUCCAAAUUUGCUUGUCGUUAUUAUGGCAUGGUUAAGAGCUAGUUGACUAACAUUUAUUACUGACUAAGAAAGGAAUCGAAAGUGUAAUGGAGUCAGACAAGCAAGGGGAUUUUGAAAAAAAGUAAAGAUAAGAAAUAGGACGAGACUUAAGAUUAGAUAUAUAAUGUAUGAAGGUCAGAAUUAGAAUAAGGUUAGGAGUUAGGUUUUCGACUAUGACUAUAAAAAGUGUUCAUGGAGAUAUUUCCAUUCAGCUCUGUUUAAUAAGGAUCGUUUCGUAGAUAAUUUUUAUUUUUGAUUUGGGAAUAUUACUUAUAGUGUUGCGGUUGCUAUGGACCUGUUGGAGGAACAAAAGAUUACUGCGCUGAAAAUUGUCAAGCUAUUAAUGGUGGUACCAUUUCAAAGCAUGUCUUUACGUGGUUUUGGGUGAGAUCUAGUCUUCCUAAGAUAGUGUGGAAGAAAUGUAUGGAUUAUAAAUUAAAGAGAAAUGAUGGAAAGUUGACUUGGUAUAAGUUUGUUAGAGGAAGUGUUGUUCCCAUUGAGGUACGGUAAUUCUUUUAUUGUUUUAUUCGGUUCACAAGGAGACUGAGGUUUAGCUCUUUCAAAAUAAAGUGGUACCAUAUAUUACAAAAGUAAAUUAUUUUAGUUAUUUUGGGACUUCCGGAACAUCAAUGCCUUGUAACGAUGAUGAAUGAUUAAUAUUGUUAAAAAUAUGUUGAAAUAUUUUUCAGCAUUACCCUGGUUAAGAAAUAAAAGACUAACUGCUGGACAGUCUGUUUUCUGUUAAAACUUCAGUUCUCUUUGUCAUUUUUUCCAAACUAGGGUCGAUGCACUCAAAACGAAGCACGUAUAUAUGACGGUGUAAGGCAACAUUCUUUAAUAAUUAUUGUCAUAUGCACUCUCAAUGAAAGUGUGGUUUAUUUAUUUCAUGAAUAAAUAAAUAAAACUAACGGCUAAGAGAAUCCUUAUGUUACGUUUUAACAGAUUGUUGUCGUCCCAGACGGUACCGCUGCACAAAAAAUACCACCGGUUCCAGGAUUAUUGGAAUACCGUAAAGACAACAAGAAACUGUAUGUAAGGUCUAAUAAAUCAUGGAAUGUGAUUGGUGAAGAAAAGAAGGUAUUGUUGAACUUGCUCUGCUCUCCAAAAUUGAUGAACACACCAGAAUUAAAUUCUUUCAAAGAUUUUCCAAGACUUAACAAAUUUUGA